UGUCAAAGUUGACUCAGACGUCUGCUGCAACAGGAUUAUGUCGAAGCCACGCCCUGUUCGCCCCCCUCCACCCAUUCCUAAACCGGGUAGUGUUAAAGUUGUGAGGGCCUUAUACCGUUAUACUGCACAGCAGGCUGAUGAGCUGUCAUUUGAUGAAGGAGACACACUGUACAUCAUGGACCAAUCCAAUCCUGAUUGGUGGAAAGGAAAGUGUGAUAGUGUGGAAGGGCUAAUACCAUCAAAUUAUGUGGAAAGUAACACAGAGUCUAUAGAUCAUCCAUUACAUGAGGCAGCCAAGAGGGGAAAUAUUGAUUUCCUUAAGGAAUGCAUAGCUAACGAGGUAUCAGUAAAUGGUCUAGACAAGGCAGGAUCCACACCUGUGCACUGGGCAGCUCAUGGAGGUCACAUGGACUGUCUACAGGAGCUCCUUCAAGUUAAAAAAUGUGAAGUGAAUGUACAGAACAAACUUGGCGACACAGCUUUACAUUCAGCAGCCUGGAAAGGUCACUCGGAGGCAAUCAAAAUGUUGUUAGAGAAAGGUGCUCAAGCUAAUAUAAGAAACAAUGAUAACAAAUUACCCUAUGACCUGUCUAAAGAUGCUGCAUGUUCAGCAGCACUGAAACAAGCAAUGAUGCCGCGUACGUUAUCAACAGAUUACGGAGAUGAAGGGGAUUCAGAUUGAUUCUGCUAAAUAAAUCACAUUGACUUCAACAAGAAAUCUGAACUGAUGGAGGUGUCUCCACCAACAGGGGCCUAGGUUACAGAUUUUAAACAAAUGUCCACUAUUAUGGUCUUUCUUUCAGAAGGUACCAAAAUAAAGUAGAUUUUUAUAACCAAUCUCCAACAGUGGUUUGUCCAGCACUGCCAGAGUGAGGAAGUCUCACACACCACUGGAUAUGUUGUGACUAAUCACUACUCUACUAUAGGUCUUUUAUUUGACACAAUAGGAGACAACCAUUCAUACUAUACUAUUUUUAUGUUUGAUAUUUAAUGCUGUGAUAAAAUUAUUAUAGAGUACUUGUGAAUAUAGCGGCCAGUUGUACUCAAAUCUUGGACUGUACCAAAUGUUAUGUUAAUAAUAUACAUUUAAAAAACAUCUUCUCAAUAACCAAGAGUCCUAGAGUCAGCAUAUUUGGCCAGAGAAUGCUGGGAUUAAACUUUAUUAUGUUCAAAUAAAUGACUUUGACUUAGCUUUUUAUGUCAAAACCUUUCAAAAACUUAUGAAUAACAAAUGGUGGUCAUGAAGGGAUGAAAUGGCUGUCUAAUUUGUUUGCAUAAAUGACUCUGAAAGACAUCCGAAGUCAUUGGGAUCAGCAAUGUUUAAACUAUGACUGACCAGGAGAGUUGUGGUCAGCUGGUUUGACCAGCAGUAAAGUGGUAAAAUGAAAUGUUGUAAUUACAUGAAAUCUUUAAGUUAAGCUUCUGAAAAUAAUAAGGUUUAAUGACACAUUUUCUUUACUGAUGAGUAUAGCUUUCCAUACUUUUUAAGUUCACAGUGGAUGAAUAAUAAGUGUCUAAGUACAAGCCCUUUUGGCCUCUUGAUACUGUAAAAUCAUUCAUUUUUGUGGGCAUAUAUCUUUGAUGAAUUCAUGGCCACUGUAGAUCCGUGAAUUCUUUUGUCAAGGAAAUGAUAAAACAGAUUAAAGUUUGAUAUGGAUCAUAGUAUUAGUAGAUAGUGUGAGUACAGUUAAUCCAUGAAAACAAGUACCAUUGAAAAGGUAAUUGUUUUGAAAACCACAAAAUUUGAGCUCCAAGGAAAAACAUCUUUCCUAGUACAGUUUAGAUUGUGUUGAGGAUUUUAUUACCAACACAGACUUUUAGUGUUUAAGGAGUUUACAAAGAUUUAUUUUUUGACUAAUUCAUUUUCUCGUAGUUGGAGGUGUACAUAUCUCAUACCUUGUGGCAAUGUCAGAUCUGUUAUUGACAAAAUGUUUCACUGCUAUUUUUGUUAAAAAUUUAUACAUUUGUAAUCAAUAAAGAGUAUUUCACAAAAGUCCAAUUGAUCUCUCAGAAAAAUUUUUAAGCCAACAUAAGGUGGUGGGUUUCCAAAUUGCCUUUUAUUUUUAGUGAGUUUAUCUGUCUGUGAACAACUAGAUACAGUUAUUUCUUUGUCUCAGGAAGAUUGUUUUCAAAUUAGGAACACGUAGACAUAUUAGGACAGGUUUACUGCUUCAGGUUAUGGGCAGUAGGAGCAACAUGGCUAGUAAAAAAGGUCAUGAGGUCAAAUUUAGGGAUUUACAUAAGGUGACAACCACUGCACUUAAGUCAAUUAAGCAAUUGUGGUGUAUUGUCAGGCAGCAGAUGUCAAGGUCAAAUGAAUCAUUUUCUCAGGUAUAGAAGUACCAUUUUUUAUAGUAUGGACUGAUUGUAGUAGAUUAGAUGUGUUGUCAACCAUGAUGACAAUGGUUCUGACUAUGUUUAUAGGUGUUUGCCUUUCCUUGUUGAAAAGAUUUCUAACUGCUAUGAUACCAUGGUUACCAGUACAUAUCAAACAGUGCCUUCAGUGUGUUUUCAAUGAGUACUUUAAAUCACUUAUGUUUUUCGUAGGAUUUAUUUUUUUAUGUUAAUAUGCGGGGAGAAUCAAUGGUGAAUGUAAAUCCCUUGCAAUUUAUUGAUAGGAAAAUAACUCAGAAUGCAUCCAUCUUGAUUUAAGUUAUGAUGUUGAGCCUUAAAGAUUCUUUGUCUUAAAUAGCUCAUCACUCGCAAAUGUAAAGUCAUUUAUGGAUCAUUGUUUGCAAAAUAAUGUAUUUGGGAAUAUGUCUGAAGAGGCAAGUUCUCUAAAUAAAGUAUACGUUAAAUCUAAGUGAUUUUCAGUAAUCAAUUCACAUGUAUUUAAACCAGGUACACAAAGACUUAAGUUCUUACUUCGAGGAAAGUAUAUAAAUAUAUAUUUACAAGAAAAGUAGUAAUAAGGAUGUUAAAUUUUAGAACUUGUUUUGAUAUUAUUGGAUGUUAGUUGUUAUAUAUUUAUAACAUUGAGUGUGACAUGUUUUAAAUGUCUUGUUAGGAAUUUUUGGAGAGAAAUUUAGCAGCAAAAUUAUUGAAGUUGUGUUUCUUCGUAGUGAAACUAGUGCAUCUUUAUUGGAAUUCAUUAUUUUGACAAACAUCAUAAUAUAAAACAUGAGAUUGCUUAAUAGUGUGAAGAAGAACCCAGUUUGAUGUGUUAUUACAGAGACCAGAACAUAUUAAAGACCUUUGAAUGGAUUUUUUUUUUUCCGUUUGAACUGAUUUUUUUAACAUAGGUGUUUGGGACAGGGAAGGGGUUUGGGGUACUGAGAAAAAGUUUUGUGUGAUGGUGUUAAUCUCUCAAAAUGUCAAAUAGAUCACCAUAUACAAUGUAUAUGCACUUCAGAAAAAAACAGUCACCUGAAGUAUGAUAGCAUUAUAAAAAGACAGAAGACAUUUUAUGCCAUGCAGUGACAACAGUAAAUGUGACAGGUUCAUAGCAGGUUAGAUGUCAUUACAGGUAAAUCAUGAUAACACAAAUUUGUGGCAUUAUGUAGUCACAUGUUAACUAGAACAUUAUAUACAUCAAUACAGCUUAAAUUUAGUUUACAAUUGAGGAUAUCACUAUAUAGUUAAUAUAAAUAAAAUAUGAUAUAAUCAAGUCAUGUACAAACAUAUUUUUAUUGAUCAACUGUAUUAGUUAUAAUACACAUGAAAUUCUUGAUAAAUUAAUAUAUUUCUGCUUAAUGAAUAUGAUGAAUAAAUU